CGAUUCGAAUCCAUGUUAAAUGGCGUAAGUUAACCAACGACUGCGGCAAAGUGUUGGCUGUUAGUAAUUUAUUUUCGUUUUAUUUUUAUCUAACAUUCCUUGUAUCUGUUUUCUUUUUAUAUAGUAAUUUUGAUUAAAUAAUAAAACACUUUAUUCUUCCAAAAUGUCAUUUUUAUAUUCUACGACGACUAUUGAAAAGGUCGGCAUUUUUUUUAUUAGUGUACUCAUUCUAAAGGUAUCGCGGGCAGUAUUAAAAUUUACUUAUCAAAAUGUUCUCGCUCCUUCGCUCAAUAUGAAUGUGAAUUUUAAGAAAAGUGGCAAAUGGGCAGUGGUAACUGGUGCUACAGAUGGAUUAGGAAAAGCAUACGCAGAACAGCUUGCUAAUAAAGGAUUGAGUGUAGUUCUAAUCAGUAGGACUAAGUCAAAAUUGGAAGAAACAGCUAAAACUAUAAAUGAAAAAUACGGUGUAGAAACAAAAAUUGUCGAAGCAGAUUUCACUGAUGAUGGAUCCGAAAUGUACGCCCACAUUUCCAAAGAAUUAUUUGGAAUGGAUAUUGGCGUAUUGGUAAACAACGUUGGACUUUCAUAUCCUAAUCCUGAAUAUUUUUUAAACAUUGAAACUAGCGAUCCUAUGUUUGAUAAUAUUGUCAAAUGCAACAUAGUUUCCGCAUUGAACAUGUGCCGUAUAGUAAUGCCCGGCAUGGUAGAACGUCGUCGUGGAGUCGUUAUAAAUAUAUCAUCUACUGCAGCUCAGAUCCCUUGCCCCCUACUGACUGUAUACGGAGCAUCCAAGAAAUUUGUUCAAAAAUUAAGUGAAGAACUUAACACAGAAUAUAAAAGUUCUGGUAUUACUGUUCAAUGUGUUAUUCCCGGAUAUGUUGCAACAAAAAUGAGUAAAAUCAGUAAACCAACAUGGAUGGCACCUACUCCAGAAAAGUUUGUCAAAUCAGCUCUUCAAACAACUGGUAUUGAAUGUGUUACGACGGGAUAUCUACCACAUACUUUAAUGGUGAACUUCAUUAAUAUUGUUAAUAUGGUGUCUCAGUCUUUUAUAGCAAGUAUUAUUAUGAAGAAUAUGUUAAAUAUUCGUGCUCGAGCUUUAAGAAAAGCAAAUCUUAAAUAGACUUGGUUUGAUCUCUGUUUGCUUUUAUGCAAAGUAUUUUUACUUAACUAUUAGUAAAAUUUUUUUUUUUUAAUAUUUAAAUUAAAUUGCAACUUAUGUUGUUAAAUAUUAAGUACGUUUAAUAUACUUGUUAAAUAAUCUGUUGUAAGUAGAAACGAUGUAUUGAUGUAUGAUCAUAUUUAAAUAAAGAAAAUAAAUUUUGUAAACGACAUAUGUAAUUAAAUACAUAUGUAUUGAUUA